CACGCAAGGAGGGUUUUCGGGCCCGAGGACAGGCUCACCGCAGGCUCCCGCAGCGAGAAGGCACGAGGCUCCAGGGCAGCCACAGGAGUUACCUGGGCAGGUAACCACCUGUCUCCCCUUGCUCGCAGGAUCAAGGCUCCAGGCACAGCCAUGGCCAUCCCCCAGCUCCUCUGGAUAUGGCUGCUGGUCGCGGGCACCCACGGCCUGGAGGACGGCAGCAUGAGGCUGAUGGAUGGAAACAUGGCCAAUGAGGGCCGCGUAGAGAUCUUCUACAGGGGCCAGUGGGGGACUGUGUGUGACGACAGCUGGGACCUGACGGAUGCCAGCGUGGUCUGCCGCGCCCUGGGCUUCGAGAACGCCACCCAGGCUCUGGGCAGUGCGGCGUUCGGGCCAGGAGCGGGCCCCAUCAUGCUGGAUGACCUGGAGUGCACGGGGACCGAGCCGUCGCUGGCCGACUGCAGGUCCAGGGGCUGGCUGAACAGCAACUGCCAACACGAAGAAGACGCCAGCGUGACCUGCACCAGCAAAACCAUAAGCUACCCAGCCGUCCACAUCCUGGAUUUCUCCAGCGAGCUCUCGACGGCCCUGAGCGGAGUCUUUGACAGCCAGCAGAGCUGUGACCUGUCCAUCCAGGUGUGGGCCAGGGGGGAGGAGGCCCUGAGCGUCUGUGCCCACACACUGAUCCUCUCCACCAACCCUGAGGCCCGGGACCUGCUGAGGGAGUCAGGCAGCAAUGUCACCAUGGAGGUGGACGCCGAGUGUGUGCCUGUCGUCAGGGACUUUAUCAGGCCCCUCGCCCUGCUCCGCACGCUGCUCUCCAGGAGCGAGCUGGCCGUGUCCAGCGAGCUGGCUCUGCUGAAGGCCGUGGGUGCGUGGGGCUGGGAGAACCGCGCCUCCCACGAAGUGAUAGCGGGCCUGCUGGAGGAGAUCCGCUUCCCCAUGAUGCUGCCCAUGGACCUGUUCGAGCUGCAGUUCAACAUGUCCCUGUUCCGCGACCACGAGCCGUUGUUUCGGAAGAAGGUGCUACAGGCCCUGGAGUUCCACACAGUGCCUCUCCGGCUGCUGGCCCAGUACCGGGGCCUGAACUUCUCCGAGGACACCUACCGGCCCCGGCUCUACAUGGCACCCACCUGGAGUGCCUCCGUCUCAGGGAACAUCCAGAACUCCUGGCUGGCGGAAAAGUCCAGAAGGAGUGGCUUCCAUUCCGAGUACUCAUACAACACUGCUUACACCCAGGCCCCCUCUGACUAUAGAUAUCACUCCUAUAGAUCUUUCCAGACACCCCAGCACCCCAGCUUCCUCUUCCACAACAUGUUCCUCUCCUGGUCUCUCUCCUACCUCCCCACCGUCCAGAGCUGCUGGAACUACGGGUUCUCGUGUUCCUCCGACGAGGUCCCUGCCCUGGGCCUGACCAGGUCCGGCUACCCUGACCCAGCCAUCGGCUAUGAGAACAAAGCCCUGAUGCUCUGCAGUGGCAGCUUUGUGGCCGCCGUCACCGACUUCAGGGGUCAGAAGACCCCGAUCCCCAACACCCUGAGCACCAAUGGCUCCAGCAAUGCCUCCCUCUUCUCCUGCCCCACGGGCUCCUUCAGCAGCUUCUACGCUGUCAUCCGCCCCUUCUACCUGACCAACUCCUCAGGCGUCUACUAGACGGGGCGGCGAAGCACGUCCCCAAAACGCUCAGCUGAAGGCCUCUUUCCUCUCUGCAGCCACCUCUACAACAAGCCACCAGGUGUCUGCUCCUGCCUGCACCCAUCUUGAGCAUAUAGAAACCAC